AAAAAAUUGAAGGAAAACAGGGCUUCCAACGAGCUUAAGAUCUCUCCAUUCGAACUCCAAGCGGUCCAGUUCCAAAAUCCGGCAGAAAGUAGACGGCGAGAUUUCCGACGCUGAACAGAGGGUCGACAUCAAUCUUCAUGCUUCAGGAGAUUACAAGAAUUGGAGAAUAAAUAACAUGUUAUCACUUAACAGACAUCGCUUCUUAUGCCUUAACUCCAGGAUUAUUCAGUUUUUUCCAUCAAUUCCAUAUCCUGUCUGUGAUUCUCUAUCUGUAAAUGCGAUCCCAUUCUGUCACUCUGUAAUCAUAAACCCUAGGAUUCUCAAACAUAUGCCCAGAUGCCCAUUCAUGUUCAAUUUGUCUUAUCAUUCCUCCACAAAGUACAUUCCUCGGACUUUAAGGAAAAGAAUUAACAAAAGGCUGAGAGAAGAUGCAAAACCCGUUUUAGAUGAAGCAUUGUUUGAGCAAGCAAAAGCUCAAAUUCCACCUAGAUUCACAGCAGAAGAGUUGACCCAAAUUAUAACUCUCCAAGAAGAUCCUCUUGUAUGUUUGGAGCUAUUCAAAUGGGCGUCGAAGCAGCCUAGAUUCAUUCACGAUUCAUCUGUGUAUCACAUCACGAUAAAGAAGAUUGGUGCUGCCAAAAUGUAUGAAGAAAUGGAUGAAGUUAUUGACAAAGCGCUUACAGUUCCUGAAGUUGGUAAUGAGGCAUUGUACAAUACAAUGAUUUACUUCUCUACAGAGGCUCGUAAAUUAAGUAAAGCUGUCAAUGUAUACAAGCACAUGAGGGAUAACAGGAAAGUUGAUUGCAAGCCCUCGAUUAGAACAUAUAAUCUUCUGUUCUCAGCAUUUCUCAGUAGGAGACAUAAUUCGUACAUAAAUCAUAUUUACAUGGAGACGAUAAGAUCAUUGUUCAAGCAAAUGGUGGACGAUGGUGUUGAACCGGAUAUUUAUACGUUAAAUUCCAUGAUCAAGGGAUAUGUCCUGUCACUUCAUCUGAAUGACGCGCUUAGAAUAUUUCAUCAAAUGGGUGUAGUCUAUAAAUGCCUUCCCAACUCAUUUUCGUAUGAUUAUUUGAUCCAUGGUUUGUGUGCCCAAGGAAGGACAGAUAAUGCAAGGAAGUUAUGGAAUGAAAUGAAAACGAAGGGAUAUGUUCCGAGCAGUAUAUCAUAUAACUCCUUUGUGAACUCAUUGGCUCUUUGUGGCGAGGUUGAAGAAUCAGUCAGUAUUUUGAAGGAGAUGACUGUCAACUCUAUACCAGUUGAUUUCAUUACAUACCAAACAGUACUUGAAGAAAUAUGUCAGCACAGAAAUGUUGUGGACGCCAUCGAGCUGUUGAAGAAGUUGAAGGACAAUGGCCUUGUAAUUGGUGAUGCAUAUAGGAAGCUUCAUCAUCAACUUCAAGACUAUUCUAGAAGUUCCAGUAAGAGAUAUUGACCAAGUGUUAUUACUUGAGGUAUUCCUCUAGUAGAUGGUCUCGAGGCUUGACAGAAGAGGAAGGUGCAUUGGGUAAACCAGCACUAGACUUUUUCAGGUUAUUUUGUUCAUUAAAGCGAUAGUAACCACUAGUUGCCAUGAUCAGUCUCUGAGAUUUAAAAGCAAUCAGUUUUAUUGCAUUAUGGAAGGCUUUACUCAUACUUUAUCUUCUAUGGUUGUAUGUUAACUAUGGAAAUGGAAUGUCCUAUUAUGACAGUAGUUAUGGUACUUAUGGCAAAUAUGUUGGUGUAGAACAAUCUUUUCGUUAUGAGAUGGGCAACUGGACAAAGAAGAAGAAAAUGACCAGCCUGAGGACUAUGCUAACAGACGGAUCUGAAGAUUUUAUAUGAUAUUGCAAGGUAAGAGAGUUGGUCGUGGUUAAAUGGUGAUUGUUUUGAAAGGAAGGAAUGUGUGUUCCAGUUGGAAAAGUCAAGUUGGGGAUUGAAGUAGAGGUUUUAGAAUGAUCCAAAUCAAAUAGCUUUUGCAAAGACGCAGUGGAGAAAGAUCGCGAGAGGCUGUUUCAUCUGAAUUUUUACAAAGUUAGCCAGUUUGAUCAUUUUUUAUUUUUAAAUUCAGCCUUAAGAGGAAAAACUUUUGUAAUGAUUUUCCAAAUAAGUGUAAGAUAUCUAUUAUGAA